AUGGCUUUCUUUGGAUUAACUUUCAUGGGACAUCAGGAUCCCUUUCGGGACAGGCGAUUAGCAUUAGCUAAGCAUGAAGUGCCAGUGGGAACACCAACGCCCAAACUGGAACUUUUCUACCCAAAGCUGCCACCCAUAGGACCAUCUGGCUAUGAUGACAGCAUACACCAGGGCAGCUACAGCAAGUAUCAAGAGAUGAUCAGACAGAAGCAGCUCAAAAAAUACCCCAAGCAAGAGUACAGGGUGCCACUGACUUGUGCGCAGGAAAUUGGCUGGUGGCUACCAAUGGAUCCGUCAGUCAAGCCAGAAGAUGCCAUACCGUGGAUGAGGACACAAAGGCACCCCCAGCUGCGGAGCCCCAUGACCAAGUUUGUAGACAGCAUGGCUAUCAGCAACCCUUUCUUCAGCCUGUUUUGAGCACCUCAUUGGGGAGCCCUAGCAAGAACUAUGACAGCACCAUGGUAUAAACACCUGAUCCCACACUGGGGCCCACGGCACCCUCUGUACACAGAAAUAAACUGAGGCUGGAUGCAGUCAUGGAUGGGUUUGGCUGGCAUAGUGUUCUUCCACCUGCCUUGGAAUCGCAAGUGAAGGUGGUCAUUCAUCACAUCAUGCUUGUGAUCACCUGGUAUGCUUAUGAUCCCCUCCUGUCUAGCAGUGAGGAAAAUUCACACAUACACACUUCUGGAAUGGUGAAUAAACUGCCAAGGAAGAGUUUGAGUUUCCAUCUCAGCAAAUGUUAAAACUCCACUGCAAAAAGAUGCAAAUAGUCAAGUUUUUAAAACUGAACAUAGGCAUUUAAAAAAAGAAAUUAAUGAACAUCCUCUCAUGUGUUCUAUAAACUUACCUUGGGCUAUAUUUAUAUACUCCCUGGUUUUUUUUAACUAGUGGUGGAAUGAUAAUGCUUGCUACCAUUCCAACAGCAAGGCCAUUUGUGAUGUAGACAGACGUUGAGUGAAUGUACACCUAAGCAUGUAAUAAGUAUGUUUGUUUUUGACUGACACGUGUAACUGUACCUAGAUUUAAUCGAGUAGUGGUGGUAAGUAUUUAGGUAAUAUAUAGAUGAAAUAUGUUCUAAGCUAGGUUAUGUUUGUGGGCAUCAAAGUUAAACCUGAGAAUGGAUUAUCUUCAUACCAUUUCCCUGUUUGGAUAGCCUGUUGUGUUUUCCGAAACAAUAAAACUGGAGUGUCACUACA